AUGGACGAUCUCGCUGUAGCAUUGGUCAAAACUGCAGUUGAGAAAAAUGCCCAGACCAAGUGCUCAGGAGGAAAUAACUCAGAGGUGGAAGGAGACACACACACACGGAUAAAAUCACAUCCAGAGAUAAACUCAAAUAAUUGCGUUGGCAACCCAAUGGGAAUCAACCCAAAUGGAGACAUUUUUCUGACACCGAAGGAAGGACACGACGAUGAUUUAGAGAAAGAACGAAACGGAGAAAGCAAAACUAAUAAACUAAUUUUGAACAGAAUAAAUAAUCCGAAUAAUUGCCUAAAAUUUGAUCAGGAAAACGUCACAGAAAUGAACAAGUACAAAUAUGCAUACGAAAGGGAGGACGUUUUCUCAUGCGAAGAUGCCUUUGGUGAAUCGGUGGAGAGCAACAAUUUGAGCUCCUAUGACGAGGAGGAAAGGGAAGAGAUCGACCCAUUGAAUGGAUACGAUAAUGGGCACAAUUGUAACAACAACAGAGGUAGUGAACGACAGAACUGUCAAGUGAUUGUAAGGAUAAAGCCAAGAAUUAUAACGAACAUAUUGGACAAAAUGAGCAAGCCGAACGAAAAUGACACCACCGGGAGAGGGAGAAAUUACGAGGAUGCGAAAAAUAUUAAAUAUGAGAAGAAUUGCCUCUACGUACAUAACCAGAAUUUUUCAUUUGACAAAAUAUUUUCUGAAGAAACGAAGCAGAUAGAAGUUUACACAUACCUGUCGGAUAACUUUUUAAAUAAUUUGUUUGAAGGUUAUAACUGUACCAUUUUUGCCUAUGGACAGACGGGGUCAGGAAAAACAUUCACCAUGGGAUUUGAUUACAUGAACGAAUUUUCCCAAAGUGUUGGUAUUUUGCCUCGAUUUUUAAACGAUAUGUUUAACAUAAUUGAGAGGAAAAAAAAGAAAAUCGAUUUUGAUGUGUCAUGUACGUAUAUCGAAAUUUACAAUGAAGAAAUUAUCGAUUUGAUAGAUUUUAAGGAAGAAGAUUAUCAUGAGAAAAUCAACUGUAAAAAUGGAAAAAAAAAGAAAAAAAUAAAAAAAAUUAAUAAAAAUAUAUCCAUAAGGGAAGAUAUCAACAAGAAGGAAAUAAUCCUAAUGGGAAUUAAAAAUGAAAAAGUACAAAAUGUUCAAGAUGUGUUCACCAUCCUGCACCAGGGGAAUUUAUUUAGGACCACCGAGAGAACCUUCAUGAAUGAUAAAUCCAGCAGGUCUCACGCAAUCUUCACCGUUAACCUGAUUCAGAGGAAGAAGCAAGCGGGAGAAAAUGAGAAAAACAAAGGGAGCACCCAAGAGGUAAAUCCAAACUGCAGGAGUGAACAGUGCACAGUUAAUGAAUUGGGAGAAGAACAAAAAAGACGCAGCUUAAACGGUGAUGAUGUAGAGGAAAAGGGAGCUACCAGCAAGGAGGAGGCACGAACCAAUGCUGACGAAGGGAAGAAAGACCCUAAUUUUGCAAACGAGAGUAAUAAUGACGCCACUGGGCUGGAAGAAACAAACAAGUCAGAUGUAAUAUGCUCGAAAUUUCAUUUUGUCGAUUUGGCUGGAAGUGAAAGAGCCAAAAGGACCGAAACGAAGGGACACAGGUUAAAAGAAGCAAUCAGCAUUAACUACGGAUUGCUAUCCCUAAGCAACGUUAUUUAUAGCCUGUCUAGUAAUAAAAAAAGUCAACACAUUCCCUACAGGAAUUCCAAGCUUACCAGAAUACUUCAAGAUUCCCUUGGAGGAAACAGCAAAACAGUUAUGAUUGCAUGCAUCAGUAUUGACCCUGUAGACUAUUACGAAUCAUUAAGCACCAUCAAAUAUGCCGCAAGGACUAAGAAGAUUAAAAACACCCCAGUCAUAAACUAUGACAUUAACAGCGUAGUUAUUAACGAUUUGAGGAAGCAGCUGUUCAACCUAAAUCUAGAGUUGAAAAAAUACAAAAUUGAAUGCAAAGAUAAGUCUUCUGAGGUGGAUUUUACUAGGGUUAAGGAAUUAACUAGCCAAAAUAAACUAUUACUGCAAAAAGUCAAAGGCUUAAAAGUGAAGAGGAAGAAGUUGAUUUGUUUGAUAUUUUACUAUAUGAGCUUGUUGAAGAGGCAAAACUAUGCACCCACGGAUGGUUCACUUCGCUUUAACGUGGUCGGAAGUGUUAGAAGUUGCUCUGUAAGUCUGCUCAAUCAAAAUGGGUGCAUCACCCAGGAGGGGGAAACAUGCAAAGGUGGAGAGUUUCCUUCCACGAAUGGACAAUUGGGUGAAGGAAAUGCCAAUACCAUCGUGCAUAAUGGCGAUAGAGAUGAAGCUAACGCUAACCACAUCUCUUCUGCCUCAAUUUUAAAAAAGGGGACUGUCCUUCCAGACGUCCCUCCCAGUAGUGGUGCUCCAACCAGGCCCCAUUUCACCAUGAGUGUGGAUUCCUUUUUUCAAAAAAGGGAUAACCUGGAUAAAGAAACCGCUGCAAAUGUGAACAGCAAAUUGUCCGAACCAGCUAUGUUAAUCCAUGAUGGCCAUUGCUCAAGUGUCAUGGCCACCUUCACAAUGAAAGCAUCCCCCAUGGGAGAUGCAAAAUCAUGUCAUUCCUGCGGCUUGAAACAGAAUAACAACGAGCAGAUAGUCAAGAAGAACAGCAAAAAGGAACACGACAUGAACAUAGUAGUAAGUAGCGGUUCGUACGAAAUGGACACGGGUGAAACCUGCCACUGCGUUGAGAGGGCCUCACCGCAAAAGAGGGAUGACCAGACGGUACACAUGAACAGGGAAGCGCAUGAUAACCGCAGCAAUUUUCAAGAAAGUGUGAUGUCGUGGGAAGAAAACGCCAAUGAGGGGGACGUUCUGACCAGUAUGCCAAAAGUUCCCUCCGGGGAACUCUCACCAAAUGUGAUGGAACCUCCAAAGAAAGAUUCACCAAGCGGGGACCCCCUCAAUGGAAACCACCUCCUAUGUACCACGUGCCAGAAAAAAAACAUGGUCGAAGACAAGGAAGAUGCUUGCGACUCCGAUUUCAACACGCUAGAGCAGAAAUACCUGUUCGUGAAUUUAGAAGAAGAUAAAAGGUGCGUAGAAAACAUGUACAGGCAGUUUGAGCUUAACCGAUAUAAUGAGAAGAAGCUGAGAGAUCUAAACAAAAAGUACAAUUCAAUUUUUGAAAAAAAUAAGGCGUACGAAAAGAAAGUUGACGAACUGAAGAAAACGGUGAAGAAGAUGAAAAGGUGUGCAAGACUCAGCUCGGAGAGCAGGUACGACGGGAAGAAGAAAAAAAAUAAAAAAACGCCAAAGGGUGGUAAAAAUGGUAGCCGUGGAAGAAGUGCUAGACAUGGUAGACGUGGAAGAAGUGGUCAGGAUGUCGGAGGGAAUGCAAAGACGGGGCCCCUCAGACGACAAUACCAUCCAGGUGGAAUGAAGAAUCUGCUCCACACUCCGCCGAACGAUGAGAGUUUCUAUAAACCUCACCACGACUACUUUAGCGAUGUAGAAUUCGAGAGGAAAAUGAAAAGCAAAAUGUUAAGACAUUUUGCAAGAAAAAAGAACUUCACGGAUACAGAAGUCACUGCAAAGGGAAGUAACCAAUUUUAUGCUUAUGGGAUAAGAGGGUGUCAUGAACAGACACGGCUAAUGGAUCUGCUUCAUCAAAAUUUGAAUUAUCACAAAAAGGAGAACAACCUUUUUGACAACGCAAAGUUGAACACCUUCUUGGUAUGCGCAGGAAAACACAAAAAAGGAAUGAACAAAAAAUUAAGAAGAAGAAUGCUACUUUCUGAGAAUAAUGACAGUGCUUCCUCAAAUUUUAUAUACUCAAGUAACAACGUUGAUUUGGGUCUAUUUGAGGACACUGCUGAAUCUCGUGAGUUCCCUAUGGGAAGUAACGGCAGAAGGGAUGGGCCCAUGAAGGGGGAAAAAAUAACCCCCCGAGGUGUGCCAAAUAAACCCAAAAAAAAAAAAGUCCAAACGGAAGUAACAGAGGGAGGAGUCGAAAUUUCACACCCGUAUAACCAUUUCCCAGGAAGUAUAAGAAUGGAUAGGCUCCAUUUUGUGAAUUACACAGGGGGAGAGAACAAACCAAAAUGCCACAACAUCGAUGAGGAGAUGAACGACGACGAGGAGGACACAUGGGAGAGCAGCCGCUCCAGCAGCGCUAACAGUAGCUAUGCCAGUGAUGACGAAAGUGGGCGCAGCAGUGGCAAUGUGUCGCCAAAAUUUCUAAAAAACAAACUAAACAAGCUGCAAAAAAUUAUCAAGGAAGACAUAUGCAAAAUUAAAAGAGUGAACAAAGAGAAGGAAGAAUACAACGCGAAAAAUGAACUCCUCACGAACAGUAUAAUGAGUCUGAAAAAGAAGUUACAGUAUUUACAGGUCAACAGUCAGAAUAACAAGAAUUGCAAGAAGAUAGAAAACAUGAAGGGAGAAAUACAAAGAAUAACAAAGGAAAAGGAGAAGAUUCAAAAAAAAUUAAACGACAAUGAGCAACAAAUUAAACACUUAAAGGUAGACAUUUUGAAAAUGAAAAAUAAUUUUUUAAAAACCAGUACUCUGUUGAAGGAAGAACAGAGGAAGCAUAGUAACAUUAUUCGCAAAAAAGAAAACAUAAUUACGAAGUUGCAUGAACGAGAAGAACAUUACAUCAAUAAACUUAAAAAAAAGGAAGAAAUAAGUAAGCAGGCAUAUUCAAAAUUGCUCAAAAGGAAUCAAGAACUAAAUGAGGAAUUAAAAAAGUUAAAAAAGAAGGGGCCAAGUAGCAAUGACAGACGGGGUGACAGAAAAAACGGCCAAAAUACUCAGCCACCUGAGGGUAUCAUCCAUGGCAACGAAUUUCACGGUGUCUCCUCACGGGUUAACAAGGUCACGUCGGAUGGGAUGCGAAUCUCCAGUUUGUUACAUGAUGGCGAGGUGCACCCUUAUGAUGACCCCGAUGGUGGUAACAGCGGUGGUGGUGAUCAGGACUUGGAGGAUUCCACUUCUCUCCUGAAUGACGACCUUAACGCGUCGCCUCUGAGUACCAUCCUCUCCGAUGGGGUAAAAUCGGCCUACCUAAAUUCGAGUCCCUCCGUGUGUAACCCAGAAAACAGCCUUAUCUCUUCCCACUCCUUUUAUAAGUUCAAUAAGAGUGAGUACGAAUUUCAGAGAAACUUCAAAAAUGAUGUGAAAAUUAAAAGCUACUUGAGGGAGUUUUUGAAAAAGAAAAAGAAACUGAGUUCCAUUAAGGCAAAGUUGGACAAGGAAAAAAGUAUGAACAGACAGGUUAGGAAAAUUCUGCAGGCCCUGUAUGUAAAGAAGAAAAAUGAAGAUGAGGAAGGGAAUAAUGGGGAGGAUCGCUUCCCACGGAGAAGCCCAGCCGUAGGCACAGAAGAAAGAUCCGCCCAGAUGAGUUGCACUGUUAAUACAGGUAAAGAUCGAGAUAGUAGUUUCGGACAGCCCAUGAUAGAGCAACCACUUCGGAACAGAGUGACCAAUCUUGAAAUGGAACAGGACGGAAAAAACCUACGCGAUGAUCGAUGCCAGAGUAAGGAAGGCAUACUUGUUAAAGAAAAUUUCUUCCCUGUGGAGGACAAAGACGAGGGAGAAAAUCCGUCCAUUUCAUUACGCGAUGAAAAAAUGGACGAAGAAGUAGUAUAUUACGAAAACAAGUUGAAAGAAUCGAAUGAAACGUUAAAGAAGCUAAAAAGGGACAUUGUCACGAAGAAGGAAGAAUUCAUUUUACAAAAAGUGGUGAAGCAUUUGCUUAAGAAGUUAUAUUUCAAUUUUAACAAAAGGAAAGAAAGUGAAAGAAAAAUAAAAUCUUUGAAAAAAUUUAUCUAUUCAGAAAAUCUGUUUAUAUCCAAAAUUUACAACAACUUUUUUUACCUUACAAAUGUGGUGAACAAUUCAACAUUGUCGAUUGGUGGCCACCCUUAUUUGAGUAACCACCCCAUGGUCCCAUUUUAUUCGAACCAGAUAAAUGAUACACUUGAGGGUCAUUUCAAUGGAGGGUUCAAUUUGACUUGUGCAGACAGGCACAUGAAGAAUAACGAUUCAGGAUUAAAUGCCCUUUUACCGCUGUACAAAUAUGACCAACCUAAGAGGGUCCUUCCACGAAAUGGCGCAGCGAGUCACCUUCUGGACGGAAGAAGGAGAAACACCUUCAGCAUCUUGAUGGGUAGCAACCCCAUUGCUGAGAUGAACAAGAACUACACAAAUUUGAAAAAGAGGAGCUAUAAAAGUAGGCUAAUCGAAAAUUUUCACCUCAACCAUUUUAACAAAAGGAGAGUUGUUCUAUCCAGAAGUAACAAUGUCGAAAAUGAUGAAAAUAGCAAAAAUGACCAAAAUGGCAAAAAUGACAAUUUUGAAACAAAAUGGAGAAAGAGAUAUUCCGACGGAUUCUCUUUAAACCUAAUGCACGACACACACGAGGGGUUUGGACUUGAGGUUAAGCUUAAUGGAGGGGUGCCCACUGAAGAGGGGCUACACGACCUCCACAAAAGGUAUGAACAAAUAAAUUGGAUCCAAAAUGAAGGGGCAACGAAUGUCAACAUGAAUGCGCUCAACCUUUUGCAUGAUAACAAUAUUUUUAGCAAAAACGAAAAGGGAAACUUCAUUCGUAGAGUGCAUGAUGGCAACGGAAGGAGAGAAUACCAAACGGCAGACGUGGGGCAUUACCAGGCAAAAGGCCCUAAGGGGGAGGAAGAAAAGACACAAAGGGACGUCACCAUUUCCGACCCAUGCCAAGGUUUAUUAUGCAGUAAAUCUGAAGGAGGGCCCUACCAAGGAGCGGAGGCACCAGAGAAUGAAUCACCUUUGUGCAAUAGCAAAUGGGAUAAGAAAAAGUCGUCUCCAGUCGAUUCGUGCAUACACUGCCCCACCGUAAAUAAAGCCAUCAGUAGUGACGCUUUUCCAAAAGGAAGAAGUGAAUUCCUAUCGUCGAAACCAUUAGAAGGACGCGUUCAACACGAGGGUUGCAACAUUCCGGGGAAAAAAAGAGACCCUAUUUCCUAUAAGAUGAAAAAGGGCAGCCAGGAAUUAAACUGUGUAUUGACAAACGUGCACAUUGAUGGAAAGGACUUCCUACCAAGCGACACAGCGAAAAAGGAGGAUGGUACCAUUGUCGGAAAGUACGACAGUAGAGAUUGCUCGGUAGGCACGGCAAUCAGCAUGUACAGCAGCCCAUGUGGCAUCCCCAUCGCGGAAGAAAGCAAGGCGAAUUUCUCACCCCCGUAUGGUCGGACCGAUCAACAUUGCGGAGAGAAUAGAUUGGACUUCAAUUUGGCCCCAAGACAGAUAAGCGGCAAUGCAACCCGCAACACGAAUGACAGCAGAGGCCCCAUCGGGGAGGACCACAAACAGGAAGUAACAGAGGUGAGCAAAACGGUGCGCACUUUCAACGGCGCCAGUGCAGAUGUAGUGAAGAAAAGGCAGCCAAAAGUUUGCUCCAUCAAGUCGAAGAGCGCCGACGGUAAUAGCAGGAUUGUUGGUGAUGUCUCGAAUGUCAGACGUGCUUGCAAAGAAAAGGAAAACAAAUCGAAUGACACCUCUAUGGAUGGGACAAUCGUGACGGGGGAGGCGAACAUUAGGACUGAGAUACGGAAUAGAAACUCGGAGGAGAAAUCUCAGAUGCGGAGAAAAGACGCCUCAAUAGAUGCCGAAACGAAGUUGAUGAAGAAGUCGAAUAUAAACAAAUUGUCAGCGAACCAGACGGAUGAACCACUCCACCACACUGUGUUAGUGCAGAAGAGGGACGACACCUCGCAUAGGACUCAAAGGACAGAGCUCCAAGUGGACCGCGCGUCAACUUCCCAGUGGAACAGCAGGAGCAAUAGAGAUGAAACCAACUGCGGGAGCUACGGUAAGCUAAACGAAGGGGGGGAAGCAACCGGGAGUAACAAUCUGCAGUACGGAAUCAACAAGGAAGAUUUUAAAAAGAUAGAAAAGAUACACGAGGAGAGCAUCAACAUGUUCAAGAAUAAAAUGAACGAUAUAGGAAUAAACAGCGAAUCAUUUGGUAGCAUCCACAUCAUGGAAAAGAAAAUUAAGGGAAAUAUUGUCAACAGUGGGAACUACGAUGCGGAUAAUAAUAUGGGAGAAGAGUUCCCAUUUAACAAAGGGAUUACACAGAAAAAGUACAAAACUAUGUGCAUGAAAAACUGCCAUAAAUAUGGGGUUAGUGGAUUAUGUGUUAAAGGAUCAAAUAGUAAGGCUCUUACCAUUUUGAGUAGCUCAAUAAAUAAUAUAAAGCUAUGGGAUGGUAAAAAAGCUGUGUGGAAUUAUGACCAUGUGAAUUUAAAAAAUGAAAAGAGCACAUUUAUAAACAGCCUAAUUGUGUCUUUUCAAAAGAAUUGCUUUUUUGCUGGCAUCAACAGUUAUGUACACCUAUUUGACAUUAGAACAAAUCCCGUAUCUUUACAGAAAUAUUACUAUAGUGACAAAAAUGAUGGUAGCUUGUUAAUUUCACUUCUAAAUGAUAAGUCAGAUUAUGUGCCUUUCUUGUUACAAAAUGGGGGAAUCUCCAUUCUUAGCAGCGCACGGGCAGAAGGGGAUUAUACCUACGAAGGCGUGAACAAUCUGAUGGAGCGGAGCGCAGGUGAAGAUGUGGUUGGGAAUGUGCCAUGGGACACCUCCAUUAAGCACCUACUCUCCAUGGAAUGGAAGGAAGAAAAGGCUUCCAGCACGACCCACGAAACUUGCAGCAACAACGUUGCCAGCGUCAGCCACGAAAAUUGCAACAAAAACCUUGGCAGUGCGACCCACGAACGCUGCAACGAACGGGGCAACCAAACAAGCAGCCUCUGCUAUAGCAAAGCAGACGCAGCUGAAGAAGACGGAAUGGACAAAUUAAAACCCAUAAGAGAUGCCGAGAAUUUCCAAUCCGAGUACUGCAUAUGUGCCUGCGGAAAUGAAAACUUUAUUAAAGUUUUUGACAUACGAAAAAAUGAUGACAAUAUGUGGCUAGCCAAAAUACCAAUAACAAAUAAAGUCGAAUACAUAACACAAAUUCCCAUGAAAAAAAAUGGGAAAAAUAUUACAAAGGAUUCGAAUAUAUUAAAAAAUAUCAUAAUAGCAAGCAGAGAUAAGACCGUCAAAAUAUGGAAAAAAGGAUGGGUGUCUUUUUAUCCCCCCUCCUACGAUUGGUGCACUUCUCUCUCCAAUUUUAACGUUUCUGAUUUGAUGAAAAAUAGAGGUACCCCAAACUUACAGGAGGAGUCAGCCGAAUAUGCAAAUAAUUUGUUCAAUUAUGAUUCGUUAAUCGUGUCUGGAAGUAGAGAUUCUCACCUGCGCUUUUGGCUUUACGCCACAGACAGCACAACGAAUGAGUUUAACCGGUUCAUGAAAAUUGUUAAAAAUGCCCACAUGGUAGACAUAACGAGUAUUGCCAAAUAUCAAACCAGUGGGCUGGUUACGACGGAUAGGGACGGAUUUAUCCAAAUGUGGGACUGCAACUUAUUCGUGAAUGAUAACGAAAAGGCUUUAGUAGAUAUGGACAUUUAUAGUAACCAGCUGAAUCUGGCGGUUAACAAAAUUGGGAAAACGCUCAGGCACUCACCGAAUGCUAUCAACAAGGUCGUUUGUUAUGAAAACCACUUUUUAACAGCCUCAAGUGACGGGUCCAUUAAAAUAUUUAGCGAAAAAUAA